CCAAACGAGAAAGAGCAACAAAAAGCCCAACCCGACACGGCAUCACCGCCGCCGCCGCCGCGUCUCCUCUCGUCUCCCCACAAUCCGCACCCGAGCGAGCUUAGUCUCCGACGGAGUCGAACCGACCCUACCCUAACCUAGAUAGGGUUGCGUCGAUCCCCCGGAUCCCGGACCCGGGCGCGCCGAUGGGGAAGGAGGACGCCGUGGCGGGGCCGGCGGCGGAGGGGAAGUCGCGGCCGGAGUGCAUCAACUCCUCCAACCCCUACCACGAGUGCUCCGACUACUGCCUCCGCAAGAUCGCCGAGGCCAGGCAGCGCCUCGACGACGAGCUGCCCGACUCGUGGAAGCGCCCGCCGGAGCAGCGCACCGUCCACCCCAACUGCAUCAACGCAUCCAACCCGUACCACGACUGCUCCGAGUACUGCUUCAAGCGCAUCGCCGAUGCCGAAUCAGGGUUGGAGCGUGGGGAGCCACAACCGCCUUCUAUUGGUGCUGGCACAUCUGACGCCGCAGAUCAGCAACCUGAUGAUAAUGAUGCUGAGAAGGAGGAGGACGCUGGUGCUGACGAUGGUUACCCGCAGAUGACUGAAAAGCAGAAGAAGCUCUUCGAGCUGCGCCUUAAAAUGAACGAAGCAAGGAAGGCGAACCAGCAGGCGAUGGUUGCUGAGAAGAAGAGGAUGGAGCCUCGUGGUGAGAGUAGAGGUGUUUCUAAGCAGAAGUGGCUAGAGGACAGAAAGAAGAAGAUCGGAAAGUUGCUCGACUCGAAUGGCCUUGAUAUGUCAAAGGCUUACAUGCUUGAUACACAGGAGACAGCGGAAGGGAAAUACAAGAAAUGGGAAAAGGAACCUGCACCUUAUGGAUGGGAUGUUUUCAAUCAAAAGACCUUGUAUGAUGCAUACAAGAAGAGGACCAAGAACAUAGAGGUUGACAUGGAUGCUUACAAUAAAGCUAAGGAAGCUGAUCCUGAAUUCUACCGUGAUGCCUCGAGUCUCCAGUAUGGGAAGGUCUCAAAGGUCCCAGAUGAAAACAUCGACAAAAUGGUCAAGGAGCUCAAGGAGCGUGAAGAGAAGCGGAAAUCAUUCAGCAGGAGGCGCAAGUUCAACGAAGACAAGGACAUCGACUCGAUCAACGACCGGAACGAGCACUUCAACAAGAAGAUCGAGCGGGCCUUUGGCAAGUACACGCUUGAGAUCAAGAACAACCUGGAAAGAGGGACUGCCUUGCCGGAUUAAUAAGCUUGCGCAACUCUGUCUUCUGGCGUUGGAGCUAACCACUCAACUCUGAGCGAGUGGACCUGUUGUUUUUCGUGGCAGUGAUUACUUACCGUGCUUGUAACUUGUGGCUGACAGUUUCAUUUGGAAUUGUAAGGUACCCACUGGGUUGUAAUGCCGGGAAGGCUGAUGCUAUGUACAAACAGUUUUGAGUUAUGUAUUCAUGUGAGCUGAAUGAGUAAUAGUUGUGUGGUUCCUUUUAUGUUUA